AUGGUUGCUAUUGAAGUUCAGUAUUUGCGUCGUAUUUGUUGUUUUCCUGAACACUUUGGUUUUUGGGCCACCACAACCUUUGAGGCAGACGGGGACAUCCAGGAAGGCCAGCUGGUUGUUACGAUGGAGGGGGAGGAGGAGGAGGAGGAGGAGGAGGAGGAGGAGGAGAAGGAGAAGGAGGAGGAGGAGGAGGAAAACAGCCAGCUGGCCUUCCUGGAUGUCCCCGUCUGCAGCAAAGUACUGAAUUCCUAUCGGAUCGAUUUCGCUCUUUCUCUCCUCUCUCAUGUGGCAGUGAACUGUCGGAGAUUUAGCGCAGUGGCGACCUGGUGCAAAGCCGCCGUAUAACGCGUGCCAGUUCUUAACAUGCGCGAGAGGUGCUACGGAGACCGCAUUAUGCAUUCACCGUUGCAGUUUGAUUUCACUCUCACCCCGCUAACCGGCGAAUUUCCAGGCUACGACGUCUGCCGCCUCGUGGCAAUUUCAUUCGCCAGUAGAUUUGGCAAAAUAUCAAAUUCGUUGGAUUGCCACUAGGCGGGAUAAGUUAGUAAUGACCCUACUCUCUACUUCCUCUCCACUACACACAGGUGUUUCUCACAGGCCGAUUUGUGGUGAAAUUGGUCUCGGUGGCUGGUGUGUGGUGUAAGGACUCCACCUACCGCCUGCCACACCCUUGGCAGCAUGUCUGAUGCAUGUGUGAUGCGCCAUGAUUAAUGGCGUGGGGUAGGUGACUGAAAAUUGCCAUGCGGCGACUGACUUUGUAGGCCUGAUUGCCUGACGUUAUUUCGCCGGUCUGUGCUUGCCUAUGAAAUGGCUCGUGCCUGUGUCGUAACACACCACUAGGCGUGAUGACUGCUCGAUCACAGAGGGGCCAUCUUGAACUUGUGUCUACUUUCAGUCAGUUAACGCCUCUGUCCCGCCUGUGUGCCCAGGGCAGGGGGGGUGUGGAGGUGUCUAACAGGGGCGAGCCGGGGGUCUGAUACGCGGCGGGGUGGUGGUGGUUCUGCCGGUGGCUGUUUCUUCACUGAUGAAGGUUGCUUUUCUCUCUGCGUGUGAACAGCACACACACACGCACACGCACGCACGCACACACGCAUGCACACGCGCACGCACGCACACACGCACGCACGUCCGUGCGCACAUGCGCCCCCAAACGCAAGUGCAACCGUGCAUGCAAGCACGAACAGGGUUGGAGUAUGACCUCUCCAACUAAGUGCAAUUAUCGAGGGCCCUGUGCUAAUGUGCAGGCGGGUCGUUGCGUUUAUCACGUCAUCGCUGACCUCCAGGUGGCACCCUCUUUAGUCUUUCGCAGACCCAUGGGUUCCAGCCGUUAGUAGUUCAAGUCAGAUUUCUGCAUGAAGGGUACCUAAACAAGUUUCGGCAGGGGCGGGGAGAAGGAAUCCACUUGACUGUCGGCUGACUGUGGAUCGUGUCAUAUAUGAUCUUAUUCAAGGUCUAUAGGCUCAGGCCAAGAAUUUUAUACACGAAUAUUUGGGUCAAAGUCCAUCAGCCACAGCCGGUAACCGCGUAAUAUUCAUUAACUGCCGACAGGCAGCUAGUAAUAUACUUUAGGGUAGGGUGAUACCAUGCUAACAGCACAGGUACUAGCCAAAAGCCCAUGCACGCGUGUUUCGCUGAUGUUUUGCCGCUGCAUGGCGCAGCUGCGAGGGGUUCGGCUUGUAGAUAAUUUCUGAGGAAAUUAAAAAACGACAAUUUCUAAAUUGGGGUAUCUACCAGAAAACACACGGGGAAUGCUGGGGGACCCGCUGACGAGCCGAACCCCUCGCAGCUGCGCCAUGCAGCGGCAAAACAUCGGCGAAACACGCAUGUGUGGGCUUUUGGCUAGUACCUGUGCUGUUAGUAUGGCAUCGCCUUACCCUAAACUAUAUGGUCUUAUCUUGGCAUCUAUUUACCGGCCGUUAUAGACAUUGCACUGCCAACAACAAUUACUUCUCACGAUCUCAAACCACUACUCAAACUCCGUUGUUUUUUUAGAAUUCGUUUUUUGUUUAUUUUUAAUUGUCACUCCCGUUUCCGUUACCAUACGAAAGCGCACGACAAGACUUUCGGCAGAAAUAUAAACGAUUUCUGUGUUUUUUACAUUUCGCCCGAUUACUGCCUGGUGUUCUGCCCCACUGGUAAAACCCACAUUACCAGUAAGCCCAUAUGACACGAUCCACAGUCUACCAGCAGUUAAGUAGGACCCUUCACCCUACCGUCAGAGAUAGCGGCGACAUCAGAACGAGCGGCAAUUAUGGGGCGUGCUAGCCAGUCAGUGAUUGAUGGCGUAAGCCUGCAGAUGACUGCGGGGAGCUCUGUAUGCCGGCGCCAAAUGGAUAAAUCGAUUGACUGAGUCCUCAUCCGUGGCCCAGGCUUCAAGCAAUUCUCGGCUUCUUUUGUUUCCCGCGUAGGCGGUAGGCUUGGCGCCUGUAAAAUUAAAUUAAUGACCCAUUUCGUAGGUGUGGGCAGUCAAUUGUGAUAACUUAUCGCCUCAUCGUGCAACCAGCCUAUAUUCGUGCAUGCACGAUCCGAGCACACGUCCGGCCAGACCAGUGUAGUUACAAGGACAGGUUUUGCACGGAAUGAAGUGCACUACCCCCCGACUGCCCCUUGGGACUUAGCCGGACUUUAACUGCCAUGACCUCGCUGCGCAUGGUGGCUUUGGGUCGGUGGGAAGUUCUGACACCUAGUUCCGUAACAACGCGUUAGGUCGCUUCUGACACGUCCUUACCGUAUGGCGAAGAAUGUCAUGUCCUUGAUGGUGUUGCCGUUUGUGUCCUCUGGGGGUGAUCGCAUAGGCAUCGGCUUUUAAAGUCAUUCGAAUAGGCAUUCCACGCAGUCUACCGGCAGUCAAGUGGGAUCCUUCACCCGACUGUUACCAAUUUUUAUGCACUUUAAGUAACCGGCGGAGAUUUCGUCUGGCUAGACCACUGCGUCGAUGAGGGAGAAGCUGGUCAGCAGACCCUGAUGAGAUUUGACUUGACUGAAGGGGAGCUGGACGUCAUCCUCGGCCCGUGCAUUUGUCCUGUAUUUCAUCUGUAUUUAAAUCAACUAAAAUACCACAAAAUCCUUUUUUGUAGAUACUUUAAAAACUGUCGGUGCCUCUGCGAUCGUUAACAUGCCCCUGAUUCGGCUGAAAUUUGAAGUGCCCCGGGCAGUUGUAGACCACAACGAUUCCACAACCACCACCACCGCCAUCAUCAUCGACAGUUCGACCAUCGCAAACGACGAUGACCACUGUCUGCCCCACAACCGGGUGGACAUGCCAAAUAAGAAACGUUCGACCCUCACUGUUGUGGUUAGGAUCUCACUCGAUCCCAUUCUGUCCGUCCGCCAGUUUGCUACUGGCUACAACGAACGCUGUGUCAUGGGACAUGUAUCACAUAUAAUACAUAAGCAACUCACUAGGAGUGCAACAGGCCAGGCGCAGACAGUUGUUUCACGGUCGCCACCGAUCAUCAGUACGUCGCAGGCCAUACGAAGUGAGGUAUAUAAACAUGUCAAGUAAGCGUUUGACCCUCACUGUUGUGGUUAGGAUCUCACUCGGUAACAGCCGUGAAACAAAUGUCUGCGUCUGGCCUGUUGCACUCUUAGCGAGCUGCUCAUAUAUUAUAUGUGGUAUGUGUCCUAUGACACAACGUUCGUUGUCGUCAGUAGCAAGCUGGCGGGCAGACAGAAUGGAAUCGGAUGAGACCUUAACCACAACAGUGGGGGUCAAACGCUUAUUUGACAUGUUUAUAUACCUCACUUCAUAUGGCCUAUGACGUACUGAUGAUCGGUAACGACCGUGAAACAACUGUCUGUGACUGGCCUGUUGUACUCCUAACAGGGUAGACGCUGUGACGGUGACUUGCGCGUGAUUCGUUUUAUAAUGAUAGUAGACCUGCACUGCAUUCAUCACACUCUCUUCCAAUCUGUUACCUGGGUUCGGUAUCAAGGCAGAGCCAAGAAGACCGGAGGCCGGAUCGGGCGUAUUGACUGUCUACGCGUGUCAAAAACGCCUGGCCCACGAACGAUGGAGCAGGAAUCCACGCACCAGCAAGAAAAGGACGACUCGGAUUCCAUCUAAAUGGCGGGAGGGCUUGGAGGCCACAUUAAGAAGGAGCCACUUCAGCCUGACUCGCCGGCCUGAGGGGAGGACUGAAUUAUCCCUUAAGUUUGCGACCAGCCAAGUCAUGGCUUUAGUAAACCCUGAUGGUUUGGAAGCGAUUCAGAUUGCUUAUCUCGAGGAAUAUGCGCUGAGCGCCACGGUCCCUAGAAUUGAACUAAAUUUCUCUUCCUUCACCCAGGCACCAAUCCACUGUCCUAGUCGGUCAACUGCUACUACUACUACUACUACUACUACUACUACUACUACUACUACUACUACUACUACUACUACUACUACUACUACUACUACUACUACUACUACUACUACUACUACUACUACUACUACUGCUACUACUACUACUACUACUACUACUAA